CUGGAUAAAGCUUUGUGGGAGAUGAAUAAACCUCCCCUCGCGCACAAAAAAAGAGCACGGAACAGCUGAUUGAACGCGGUUUCCUAAUUCCUGCGUGGGUCUUAACGCGGGGAUAAAGCCGCGUACUUGAACCGGGGCCGCUUCAGACGCCGUUUUCACGCACGGAGCGUCCGUCGGGCUUUGUUCGUGAGGGAACCUGAUCCCCAUCAGCUGGGCUCGUCCGCACGAAGAAGCGAAAGUAGAGAUUUCACAGCUCGCCUGGCGAAAAGGACGAUGUCCAAACCUAAUUACUCGGGCACGUAUCAUAUGGUGGAGCAGGAGAACAUGGACGCGUACCUCGCAGCGUUGGACAUUAAUUUUGCCCUGAGGACAAUCGUGUGCCUCCUGAAGCCCACCAAAGAGAUCACCCACGACCCGGGCUCGGGCGCCAUGCGGAUCCGCACCCUCACCACCUUCAAGAACUUCGACAUGGACUUCACCAUCGGGGAAGAGUUCACCGAGGACCUGGGGCCCGUGGACGGACGCACUUGUCAGACCACAGUGAGCUGGGAAGGAGACAAGCUGAUCUGCAUACAGCGAGGAGAGAAGGCGGGUCGAGGCUGGACACACUGGCUGGAGGGUGACAAGCUGCAUCUGGAGAUGAGAGCUGAAGGCGUGGUGGCCAAGCAAGUCUUCAAGAAGGCAAAGUGAAAGUCGCUGCAAAUGUGCAUUUCAAGAGCAGCACCCCUUUUAUUUUAAAUAGAAAAAUAUUCAAAGGUUUAUAGGAUUUUUAUUAUGAUCAUGAAUAGUUACAUCAGAACAAGACUAAGAAUCUGUUAAAUACUGAUUUACAGUCUUGGCUGUCUCUGUCACGGUACUGAUGAUGUGAAGAGCAAAUUGACCGUGUAAACAUUCCCAGCAAACUGCAACAUAUUGCACAUCUGUCUUCAUCAUGUUAUAAACAAAUCCUACAUCA